UGACGUUUGUGCCUUUCCUCUCCCACAGUGCUGACGGGAACUACGAGGUGACCAUCAUGACGAAGGCUGUCCUGCAUUACGAUGGCCGAGUGACCUGGAAGCCGCCGGCGAUCUACAAGUCUUCCUGUGAGAUCGACGUCGAGUUUUUCCCCUUCGACCAACAGACGUGCUUCAUGAAGUUUGGUUCCUGGACCUACGAUGGCUACAUGGUUGACCUGCAACAUCUGCACCAACAGCGAGGCAGUAAUUUAGUAGACCCGGGUAUAGAUCUCAACGACUACUACAUCUCCGUCGAAUGGGAUAUCCUCAAAGUGCCCGCCCUCAGGAACGAACGAUUCUAUCCGUGCUGCCAAGAGCCCUAUCCAGAUAUCUAUUUCAAUAUCACCAUGCGGCGGAAAACGCUUUUUUACACCGUCAAUCUCAUCAUCCCCUGCGUAGGGAUCUCCUUCCUCUCCGUACUGGUGUUCUACCUGCCGUCAGACUCUGGCGAGAAGGUGUCCCUCUGUAUUUCAAUAUUGCUCUCCCUCACAGUGUUCUUCCUCCUGUUGGCGGAGAUUAUUCCGCCAACGUCUCUAGCCGUGCCGCUGUUGGGGAAAUACCUGCUCUUCACCAUGAUUCUAGUAACCCUGUCUGUCAUGGUGACCAUAGGAGUCCUCAACGUCAAUUUUAGGUCCCCGUCAACGCACAGAAUGGCCCCAUGGGUGCGUAAGAUUUUCAUUGAGAUGUUGCCAAAAUUUUUGUGGGUUGAGAGGCCUCAGAAAGACGAAGAAGGCCCCGAUGAAAUUACUGCCGCAGGGGACACUUCUUUCACACCUUCGAGCGACGGAUUCGACAAGUUUCCCUUCGAGGACCACCCGUACGACAUCCCAGCGAUCCCUCCUUCUCCGUACGACCGUGACAGAUACGGGGACGACCAUCUGGCCCUUCCAGCUCCUGAGUGUCAUUCUCAAGUUCACGUUCACGAGGCCGCGUUCGUGGCGGAGCUGGAGGAGCCCCGCCCUUACCAAGACCACCGGACCUUCAGGAGCAUCGAGUACAUAGCGCAGCACAUGCGUAACGUCGACUCUUUCGGAGAGAUCGAGGACGACUGGCGGUACGUGGCGAUGGUUUUGGACCGUCUCUUUCUAUGGAUCUUUAUGGUAGCUUGUGUCCUGGGGACGUGUGGUAUCAUCUUCAGGGCGCCGUCUCUCUACGACACAACUCUGCCUAUAGACAUCCAGCUCUCCAAAAUCGCGCAACGUCGUCGCCAAGAUCUCAUGGGACCCGAAGAAUAAUGGCACCUAGUUAUAGAUGGUAUAAAGGUGUUUUAUAUAAACUGUUUGGAAUGUGUACAGACACUGAGGGUUAAAUGAUAUAUAUAUAUAU